ACCUCUGCUUUAUCCAGUCCCGCUUCCGCAGCUGGCGGGAAGUAAUGUUCGCGCCUCUGCGAUGGAUCCGCGAAUCUCCUCGCCACUUGCUGGUGUGCGAGAGAAGCCACGUGCAGCACGCGCGAUCUCGCCAUGUGGCGCACGUGCAGGAGCACGCUUUCAAUUGCGGGGUGUCCUUUUUGAUACCUGAUUGUGGAAUAGUUCCACAAGCCCUAAAAAAUGCAGUUGCUGAUAUUGGGGAAUAUUAUCUUGUAAAGAAUUUAUUUCUUCAUGAGUUAGUGACCCAAGAAUUCAUUAACACAUUUGUCAAGAAAGGUUCAUGCUAUGCUCUUACAUAUAAUACAAGAAUUGACCAAGACAAUACUGCUGCUUUGCUUCCAUCAGGCAAAUUGAUUUUAUCAGUAGACAAGGACACUUAUGAAGAGCUUGGACUGCAAGGCCAUCCUUCUUUGUAUUCUGGUAAAAAGCCAAUGAGAUACAUUGUUACUGUUGACUUGAUGGAUACAGCUUUCAGUCCAGAAAAUAAAAAAUAUAACAGAGUGAUUUGGGCCCUGAAGGAAAAAAAGCCACUUGAGUUUGAUUUCUUGCUGGCUUGGCAACCCACAGGAUCAGAAGAAUCAAGUCUGAUGUCAUACUUUUCCAAAAAGGAAACAAAGACUUAUCAGCCAAAAGUAACUUUUAGCACAUUAAGAAAUGUGCUGUGUCCGAUUCUGGAGAGUGAUAAAUUGCACGGUGAGCCAGAUGCAGCAUGCAGUGCACAAGAAUUAUUUGAGUGGCUUGGGGCCAUUUUUACUCAUGUUGGCUUAGAAAACACAUCCUCUAGUUUUUUAUCAACCUGUGUAUGUCCUCAGCCGAGCACGCUGAUAGAACAAGUUUUGAUGUGUACAAUAACUGGUUUUAUACCAUCAGAAAAGAUCAUUCAUUUAUUGGAACAAAUAUGUUGCUAUUUUGAAGAACCAAAGCUGGCUCACUGGGUAUCUCUGACUGUACACGGUUUUGCUGACAGCCCUGUUUCCUGGAGAGAAAAUGAACAUGGCUUCCUAAAAGGGGGAGAGAAUUUGUACAACUUCAUAAUCUUUAGGAAUCUAUGCUACUGGCUUCAUAUGGCAGUGGGAACAUAUGACAAUUGUCCAUAAAUAAUGACCAUGAAUACCAUUCCAGGUAGUACCUGCAAAUAAACAUUUUAAUGAAAGUA